AUGCCUUCUGAGUUACGCCGGUUGAGGCGAUCUGUAGGCAGUUACCAAGUGGAGGGGUGCUUUUCGUCUUUUAAUGGAUCAGGUUUCACCAAACAACUGGGGGAUCAUAACUCAAACGUCAGGUGUCAAGAUACGUGCCGAGACAAAGGUUAUAUUCUGGCUGCAACAAAAGGAGGUGAAUGUCAUUGUGGGAAUAUCUAUCCAAAAGGCAGCAAAGUGGAUAACAGCCAAUGCUCGAGCAAAUGUAGGCCUUACACCCCAUGCCAUGAACCCCAGAGUUGCUGCGGAGGACCAAGUGCAUAUUCUGUAAGUGUUGUUGGAAAUAUUGAUGUAGCAAAACAAGUUCUUCGACGGCUCAGUUACGAAUGGCAGACAAACGACGAUUAUCGUAAUCAUCUCAAAACACUUGUCACAAUUCCAAGUCCUCAAACCGAACAAGCCAAUUGGGAAGAAUCAUUUGAUCGCGAAGGAUGGUCGUCAUGUGGAAAUGGCAAGUAUAUGACAGGAUUAUACAGACAUAAGUUUAAGUCCGGCGAUGAAAGAAUCGGACGAAUUGAGUUCGCCGAAUGUCGUGACGCUCCGAGUAAUCUGUAUCCAAUAAAGGAAGAUUUGGAUUGUUACAACCAUAACUGGUGGACAAGUUUUGAUAGCGCUGGCUGGUCGAAGUGUAACACCGGAUACUACAUGACAGGUAUUUACAACACAAAUGGAGCAGAAUUAUACCAUAUCGAAGAAGCAAAAUGUUGCCGACCUAAAUCUCAAGUAAAGCUAUGGGGAAAAUGUUACACUCUUGAUGUCUGGACUUCGUUUGAUCGAGAAGGUUGGAGCAAAUGUCGAAGUGGUUACUACAUGGCGGGACUUUACAGAAAUAAUUGCGAGAGACUUGGUUGUAUCGAAAAUUUUUUCUGCUGCGAGAUGGGAGCGUACAACGGAGAUUCAUGGAUUGAAAGGCCAGAUCUAUUUAUAAAAGUGAAAGAUGCAGCAGGACAAUUGAAGCACUGCUCAAUGAACGCGAUGGAUAUGUCGCCAUCCAGCGAAACGUACGAAUGCAAGUCCGCAUCUGAUCUCACUAACAUGUUGACACUUAAUGCACUGAAGUUCAUAAUCGAAGACGAGACGCCACUUAACGUUGCCAAGCCUGAACCAGUUGCAGGUUUUCGUCCUGUCAUUUGCUCAUCGCACACAAAUUCAUACAAGUGCUCAAAAUGGCUAACCACGUCAAUUUCCACUUCAUCCAGCUUCAGUAUUGGCACUGGGUUCACUUUGGCGGUAAAAGUUGGGGCAUCUGUGGAACUUGAAGCCAAAUUUUUUGGUUCCGGAACCAAAACAACCUUUUCAACCGAAAUAGCAGCUUCAACAUCUUUCAACGUGGAAUCUAGUAGAUCAAAUACAUAUACUACAACGGACAGGACGGACGUUUCAGUUCAAGUGCCAGCAAACACCGAAGUUACGAUCAAUCUUCUGCGAACUGUUCAGAACUUGGUAUACAAAUGGAAAGCGGAUUUUCAGAUGUUGGGAAAGUAUUCUCUAAAAUGGAAAAAUGAGCAGGAAUUCUUCCAAGAUGUGACGACGGUGCUAACCGGACCAAAGAGGGAAAUAUAUGCAUUUGGAAGUUGGAAUUAUCCAGACACCGACGUUCUCAGGGUGGUAAUCACUGACAAGUAUGGAAAUGAGAUGCGUUCGGGAUGUGAGCAUAACGCUGGUGAGACAGUAACAGAUUGUGAGCCAUAA